AUGAGGUCACGAACCUUAGCUAUAUAUCCACGCCCUGACUAAGAGUUUAAAAAGCGUGAAUCCCUAGAUUUCCAGCUCUAACGUAGCGCAAUUUAUAAAACUAGACCACAUGGCAAGUUGAUUCAUUUCUACAAAUGGCUUUCAUAUUUCCUAUGUGGAGCGAUUACUGGUAUUGUAUGCUAUGGAUGGGAAUGGCUUGUUGAAGAAUUCGUAAAACUUAAAUGGAAAGCUACAUAGCCUGUACUAUUAGAUGAUAGCAUUGGUUUAGGUUAUCUAGUUUACAUUGGUAUCAGCAUACUCUUCGGAGCUGCUGCUUCACUCCUUACCCUUUAUUUAGAACCACUGGCUGCUGGUGGAGGUACUACUGAAAUGAUGGGAUACUUCAAUGGAGUUAACUAUCCUGGAGUUUUUUCUGUCAAAACUCUAAUUGUUAAGAUAUUUGGUUUGAUGUUUGCUAUCGCUGCCGGUCUCUGUAUCGGUAAAGAGGGAGUCCUUGCUCAUAUCGGAUCUAUAAUCGGUUAUCUUCUCAUCUAUGCUCCAUUCGGCUUCAUGAAAUAUUUCAGAAAUAAUGAGGAUAAAAGAGAUAUGGCAGCGGCAGGAACGGCAGCUGGUGUCGCCGCAGCAUUCGGUUCUCCUAUCGGUGGUACUAUGUUUGCCUAUGAAGUUGCAGCACCCACUGUUUUCUGGUCUUUUGAACUUACUUGGGUCUUAUUCUUUACAUCAGCUGUAUCUUGUUUCUUUGUAAAUAUCUUAGCCUCACUCGUUGAGGGUAAAGGCUUUGGAGAAAUCACAAACUCUGGAGUUAUUAAAUUCGGAUCCUACAUCAACGACAAAUAUCAGCUUUAUGAUUUGAUUUCAUUCGGAAUAAUGGGAGUCAUUGGUGGAGUUUUAGGAGCAAUUUUCUGUUUUGUAAAUUACACAAUGGGAAAGCUGAGAAAGAAGUAUUUGACUAGUAACCUAAGAAAAUUCGGAGAAACUAUGUUUUAUGUUAUUGUGACUGGCACUUUAAUGUACUUCGCUCCAUUAUUAGUCUAGGAUGAAUGCUAUGAUGUAGACGUAACAAAUCCAACAUCUGAAGACUAUAAUGAAAUUUCCAAGAAGUUCUAAAGAUAUCUCUGUCCUGAUGGAAAAUACUCACCUCUAGGCACAGCACUCUUUAAUCCACUUGGAAGUGUUUUUAAGAUUUUCAUGAAUGGUGACACUUAAUUCGGUUUCGGAUCUUUAGCACUAUAUUUAAUUAUUUGGUAUCCAAUGACAAUUUUCUCUUACGGCACUAACAUCCCAGCUGGACUAUUCGUCUCCGGUAUCUUGAUUGGUUGCGGCUAUGGAAGAUUAUUUGGUCUCUUCGUAUCAAGUUAUAUUACAUCUAAUGUAAAGCCAUCUUCAUAUGCCGUCGUUGGAGCUGCAUCCAUCCUUUCCGGUUAUGCUAGACAUACUUUUUCACUUGCUAUUAUUAUGAUGGAAUCAACUGAGAACAUUGAUCUAUUCAUCCCUAUUGUAUUCGCUAUUAUGGUAGGAUAUGUAGUAGGAGGAGUAUUCUAGAAGUCAAUUUAUAUCAACGCUGUCAGAUUUAAGAAUAUCCCAUUCUUGAUUGAAACUAUCCCAUAAGGUUCUUCCCACAUCAGAGCUGAAGAUAUGAUGAAAGCUCCAGUUAGCAUGUUCCAUUUCAAAGCUCCGGUAAAGGAAGUUGCUGAAGUUUUAAGUAAAACUUCUUAUAAUGGAUUCCCAGUAAUCAACACUGCUAAGAAGCUUAUUGGUAUUAUAAGCAGAGACUAUCUUAUGGUACUUCUCAAGAACAAGGUAUUUGCUGGUGAAUUCCGUAAAGAUGAUUACUCAAAUUUCAACUCAUCCCAAAGACAUAGUUUGAACAGUGAAUAUGUUAAAGAAAAGAAAACACUAUCAAGACAAACUUUAGAUGGUCUUGAUAAGGAUAGCAGAAAGAAACUUAUUCUAUCACACAUUGACAAUGAAGAGGACGAGGAUGUAGAUAUCGAUCUACACGAUAUUAAGGACUCAUUACCAGUCACUUGGGAAGACUUUAAUCACAAAUUCAACGAUGCUCCUCCCAGCUUCAAUGAAGUUAAAGAUGUCUGUGAUUAAAACAUGGAUAAGAAGAUGGAUCUGAGAUGCUAUAUGGAACACUCUCCACACUUCGUGCAACCUUAAGAUAGCGCCCAGAAAGUCUUAGAUGUUUUCAGACUUCAUCAUCUUAGAUACCUGCCAGUUGUGGACAAGGAUCAAGUUAUUGGAAUCAUUACAAGACAGGACCUGUUCACCUAUAUGUCAAUUAUUUGA